CUCAAAUAAACCACAAUUAAAUGGGGCAUUACAUUUCUAGUUUUUAUUUUCUUUCUUUUCAUGUUUAAAAAAAAAAAGAACAUUGACUAGUCAUUUAAAUGAAGAUUCCAUAUGAUCAAGCUCUACAAAGUGAACAAGUUCCAAUUGCAGUAUCCAAUUUAACGUGAUGCCGAUGCCGAUUUUCCAUGAAUUGACUAGUUUUCUGGACAACCUUGUUUAGGGAAGUCUUCACACUCCGCCACAAGUUUUAGUUGGAGAAAAUUGCAUAUGGAUAGGGCUACUUUGGGCUGAGACAGUACACAUCCACUACAAUGGAUGAAGCUACUAUUUGUUCUAAUCCGUCUCAUCUGUUAAGCCGUUUGGAAGAUAUUUUGGAUUCCGACCCUAAACUUGAUGAAGUGGGCUUUAUUCAUCCAAUACAGUUUACUGCAUUCGCUGCACUCACUGAAGAGGCAAAUAGUUCUUCAUCUUCUGGAACUAAGCCUCAACCAGAUGAUGGUCGUUCUGAAUUUUUUUGGCAUCACGAACAUAAGCUUGGCAUCUGCACCUUUGUCCUUGUUCCUCUGUAUCGUGCGGCUAGAGAUGCAUUUAUGGAUGCUUAUAACCGAUAUGUAAUCUCGUGCGACUCUCUAGCAAAAACAGGUGAUGAACUAGAUGGAAAUGCGUUGUUCGUGGACAUUAUGGAAAAGAAAGUUAUGAAGCAUAGCAAAACACUUCUUUUAUUAAGCUGUGAUUUUGGCACUGCUUGGAAUUCCAGGAAGAUUAUUGUGUCGAAGAAGCAACUACUUCCGAUGUUUAUGGAUGAACUACUCUUAUCAUCUUUAAUUCUAUCCUUUUCACCUAAAAGCGAACGCGCUUGGAGCCACAGGAGGUGGGCGAUCAAGAUGAUAGCUGCAAAAUGUGCAAAUCUACAAGAGAUUUUGGGAAGAGAAUCAGAGUUAGUGAAAACUCUUGCUGAGAAAUCUAAAAUGAAUUAUCGUGCUUGGAAUCACCGCUGCUGGAUGGUUUCCUACAUGUCAAAUUCUCAGGUGCUACUUGAGUUGAAGGGUUCAAGAGAUUGGGCUGAGCUUCACGUUGCUGAUAACUCUUGCUUUCAUUACCGAGCUGAUGAGCUCGACUGGAUUGGCAUGUUGAUAAGGCGCUAUCUGGGAAGAGAGGCUUUAUGGCUCCACCGUCGCUUUCUUUCUCUGGUCUGGGUGAAACAACAUAUAGUGUUCAACGACGAUAAUCAAAGAAAUAUUGACUCCAAUUCUCGCUGCACAAGUUGCGACAUUAAUGUGUUCAUUAAAGAUGAAUUGAUGCUACUUGAUUCGUGCAUAAAUUUCCCUGAUGAAGAAGAUUAUUUCGGGGAUUAUCGAGCACAGGCGAUCCAUGCUGCCACUUACAUAAUGUGGCUUCCAAAGCAAAUGCCCAUGUGUUUUGGUGCUGAGCUUCGAGGAGGUUCCAAGUACGAGGGUUAUAUCAGACGUUUGCUCGAGGAUGCUGGAAAGAGCAGCCUUUUGGAAUCUCUCUACGGACUUCAUGAAGACUGCCUCAACAUUUGAGGCGGUCCAUACGGAUCCUUACAUAGAGAACGGGCCAGCGGGCUGUAGCAUGUAGCAAUCUAUCCCCCUUGUAUAUAAUUCUUGAAUAUGCUGAGCCUAAGUGGUAGACUCGCAUACUUCGUGUAAUGUCAUGUUCGUUUAUUGAUUUUUUCGGAGAUUUUUGGCAUUAGUAGUAUUAUUAUUAUUAUUUAUUUUAUUUAAUUGCCAAAGUGAUAAUUGUUUGAUAAUAAAUUUAUUAUUGUGUGCAAAAUAAAUAUAUAUUGCCGGACUAAUUAUUUUAAUUUGUCUGGAUGUU